AAGCCUCUUUCCUUUGUAAAUUACCUAGUCUUGGGUGUAUCCUUAUAGCAGCAUGAGAAUGGACUCUGGAUUGUUUUAGUGAAGUCUAUUCUCACCAUGGUGUAAAAUCCCUGAUGUUGCUCAUUGGAGUACAGCCUUGCCUACUUUUACAGACAGCAUUAGAUGAUAGUGGUUUUGACAGGGCUGUCUUUGAGCGUCUCCCUGACCACCCCCAGCUGUUAGCACCACCGAUUGCAACUUAAUGGCAGUAUUGCUUUCCUAAGUGCCCUGGAGUAUAUGUUGCUUCACAGGCUAAUAUAAUCAAACUGGGGCUUUCUUGAGGUCAGUGUUUGAGAUUUGUUCUGACAAUAGAAUGUCUCUUCCCAGGUGGUCUCUCAGUUUCUGUCUGGCAAACAAACCACCCUAUAGUAUAACAUACACCUCUAAUCUAUCAACCUCCUCCCAAUUGCCCUUCACCAAAAUUUUCAGUUUUUGACAUUGCCCUUAGGUUUAAAUUUCUCCACAUUCUGUUGCAAGUCAAUUCAGUUCCUUUGAGGAGCAAUACAGAACUCUGUUCUAUGGCCUACUUCUCCCCCUGGACAAAAUCUCAGAGCCACUGUUCUAGUGCUGGAGGUAUGGACAAUGGCAUGCAUCUCUCUGAGUGAUUCCCCUGCUUUAGGAGCUGAGUGCUUGGUAGAUGGCAGAUGGGGCGGCAGCCAGGUCUGCCUGGCUUGCCUGUUUGGGCAUGGAACACCUGCCCCAGGAGCCAGGGCACAGCAAUUGGAACCUCAGUAUGCUCAGCAGUACCACAUCCAAGUUAAAGCCUACAUUUCAUGUUUUGGGGCAAGGCAGAGGAAGGGAGUCUUCAUUCUUCAGCUGUGCAACAGUUUCAUUGGGGAUCGUGUCCAUAGAGCUCCUCAUGCUGUCAUGCCAGAAGUGGAAUUCCCUGACCAGUUCUUUACAGUUCUAACCAUGGACCAUGAACUGGUGACACUCAGGGAUGUGGUCAUCAACUUCUCUCAGGAGGAAUGGGAAUAUCUGGAUUCUGCUCAGAGGAACUUGUACUGGGAUGUGAUGAUGGAGAACUACAGCAACUUACUCUCACUGGAUUUGGAGUCCAGGAGUGAGACUAAGCAUUUAUCUGUAGGAAAAGACAUUAUUAAAAACACUGGUUCUCAGUGGGAGGUAAUGGAAUGUAGCAAGUUACGUGGCCUUGAAAGUUCCAUUUGCAGAAAUGACUGGCAAAGCAAAAGCAAGAUUGAAGUACAAGGACCUGAAGUGGGAUAUUUCAGUCAAAUGAAAAUCAUCACUGAAAAUGUGCCCACUUACAAAACUCAUGAAUCUCUUAUGUUACCUCAGACAACUCAUGACAGUGAGAAGCCCUAUGAAUACAAGGAAUAUGAGAAGGUCUUCAGUUGUGACUUAGAGUUUGCUGAAUAUCAGAAAAGACAUACUGGUGGAAAAAACUAUGCAUGCAAUCAAUGUUGGAAAACCUUUGGGAUAGACAACUCCAAUAUGUUACAACUGAAUAUUCAUACUGGUGUGAAACCUUGUAAAUAUAUGGAAUAUGGGAAUACAUGUAGUUUUUAUAAAGACCUUAAUGUAUACCAGAAAAUUGAUAAUGAGAAGUUCUACAAAUGUAAGGAAUACAGAAGGACCUUUGGAAGAGUUGAAGAAGUUACUCCACUUCAAAGAGUUCAUGAUGGUGAGAAACACUUCGAAUGCUCAUUCUGUGGGAAAUCCUUUAGAGUGCAUGCCCAACUUACUCGACAUCAGAAAAUCCAUACUGAUGAGAAAACUUACAAAUGUAUGGAAUGUGGCAAGGACUUCAGAUUUCUUUCACAGCUUACCGAACAUCAGAGAAUUCAUACUGGUGAGAAGCCCUACAAAUGUAUGCACUGUGAGAAGGUUUUUAGAAUUAGUUCACAGCUCAUUGAACAUCAGAGAAUUCAUACUGGUGAGAAACCUUAUGCAUGUAAGGAAUGUGGAAAGGCUUUUGGAGUAUGUAGAGAACUUGCUCGUCAUCAGAGAAUUCAUACUGGUAAGAAACCCUAUGAAUGCAAAGCAUGUGGAAAGGUCUUUAGAAACAGUUCAUCCCUGACUAGACAUCAGAGGAUUCAUACUGGUGAAAAACCCUAUAAAUGUAAAGAAUGUGAGAAAGCAUUUGGAGUAGGUAGUGAACUUACUCGACAUGAAAGAAUUCACAGUGGUCAAAAGCCUUAUGAAUGUAAGGAGUGUGGAAAGUUCUUUAGACUUACGUCAGCCCUUAUUCAACAUCAAAGAAUUCAUAGUGGUGAGAAACCUUAUGAAUGUAAGGUAUGUAGGAAGGCCUUUAGACAUAGUUCAGCCCUUACAGAACAUCAGAGAAUUCAUACUGGAGAAAAACCCUACGAAUGCAAGGCAUGUGGGAAGGCCUUUAGACAUAGUUCAUCCUUUACCAAACAUCAGCGCAUUCAUACUGGUGAUAAACCCUAUGAAUGUAAGGAAUGUGGGAAUUCCUUUAGUGUUGUUGGGCAUCUUACGUGCCAACCGAAAAUUUACACUGGUGAGAAAUCGUUUGACUGAAAUAAAUGUAUAAAGUGGUUUUUUAUUUCCGAUUUUCACAGGAAAAAACUAUGGAUGGAUUUAAUGGGUAAUCAAGGCAAUUCAGUAUCUCCCUCUUUUAAGUCUGUUUUUAGACUUCAUGGCCAUUCUGUAUGUAGACAUAGAAUUGCUUAGUCAUAACUGAUAUAUACUUAUAGCUUUGUUAGAUAUUGCCAAAUAUUUCUCCUUUUUAUGUUAAAAAGAGUUUUUUUCCAUGAGUUUCUCAUCGUGGCAUGUUUUGUUUACAAUAGCCUUUGAUGUUUGCAUUAUUGUUCUUUUCACUAUUCAGUUUUUUAAUUGUAAUAUUACUUCAGUAUCUUUUCUGCAUUGCAAUUCUUUGCUUGUGAUAUCUAUACUUAUUUUCCUCCAGAGAGUUAGAACUCCUAGACAGGUAUAACGUAGUUUUACAUUCUUAUUGCUCUUCAUUUUGUGUAAUGUUCUUGUUUUGUUUUGUUUUGAAUGAUGGAAGUGUGAUCUUUCCAUUUUCACCAAAUUGUUCACUUCUCUUUAAAUUUCUAUUUUAUUUUGAUACAACAUGUUCCCCCAAAAUAACAUAUACAUAGGAACUGGUUGUAUUCCACCAUAACACACACACACACUAUAUAUAUAUAGUGUAUAUAUACAUACAGUGUAUAUAGUGUAUGUGCGAUGUAUACUAUAUAUACUCACACAUGCA